GUUCAAAUAUGGUCUCAACUCUCUUGUGCUGCUGGAGGCAUUGGGGAACCACCCGGACAGCUUCCGAGCACUUCUUGUAGACUCCAUAAAUCUUCCACUGCCAGGGACCUGUUUAAAGUAACCUAUUCCAUACCUGGCAGCAACCGGCGGUGGUUGGAGAAUGACACCAUCUGCCACUGGUUCAACUGGCUGGCUGAGGAGCAAGGUAAGAUAGUAGCUCAAUUGUUCAAGUUGAUCGGUAACUGCGUAUUAUUCCAUUUGUGAUUUAAAUGUUUUACUGUGUACUCCUCAGAUGGAGAAUGUCCUCCUCUAACAGUGGCAAUGGUGUUGGGAGUUUGAUACUGGGGCAACGCUGGUGCCACCCCUGGGGUUUGAGGACCCCCCGACCAUCGAAUUCCUCCACACAGCGCGAGGGAGUCUCGCUGGGCAGCAGAAGAAAAAGUACCAAGAGGCAAACACGUGUGCUGUGACACUAAGGCUCCCUCUUCAUAGCACCUACAAUGCCUUUAGGGAAUUCAUGACCUCCGGUAUUGUGAAUUCCCCACAUUCCGGUGUUGCAUAA